CACUUCCUUUCCUCCCCCCCUCCAUUGAAUGUAUUGGGCGCCGCCCAACCACCUCAGCGGCGUCCUUUUUGGCGUGGCUGGCACAGAUGGACCCUCCAACGACCCCUCCCUCCCUCGUCCGUCCGCCCGCCCGUCCCUCCUCAGGUUCAAGAAGGCUGUCAAGACAUGCCAUGAUGAUGGUGGGACGGCAAGACGGAAGCUUUGUUGUGGUGGUGUCGCCUCCCCCAACCCCACAUGGCCGGCGGCCAAGUUCAACGACUUCUCCACUCGGCGGCAAGCCAUUCAAAAGUCGGUGAAGAUGCCGGACAGACGAGUCUGCACAGCACCGCUGUCCUUCUUCUCCAGAGACCAGGCGGCCAGGGCUGGGCGAAUCUCAGGACUUUGGACAUGCGUCGCCGUGUGUGCGUAGCUAUGACGCCGCCGACUUCACUGGCCGAGUGUAGGAGGCAGAUCUGAUAGGACAGGGUAGGGCUGCAGAGGAACAGGACGCCCGCAGUUCGGUGACAGAAGCAACCAUGGGAGUGAGUACCCGGCGGUAGACGAUACAUGUGGUGACCUGCUGGGCC